UGAGUUUGAGCUCCUGGUGCGGCAGUCUGCAAUAUGCCCAAGGCCAAGGGAAAGACUCGGAGGCAGAAGUUCGGUUACAAUGUCAACCGAAAGCGUCUGAACCGGAAUGCUCGUUGGAAGGCAGCUCCACGGAUCGAGUGCUCUUACAUUCGACAUGCCUGGGACCACACCAAAUCCGUGCAGCAGAACCUGGCGGAGAUGGGGUUGGCCAUGGACCCCAACAAAGCGGUUCCCCUCCGAAAGAGAAAGGUAAAGGGCAUGGAGGUAGACGUGGAGGAGAGACCCAAGGACCUUGUACGGAAGCCCUACGUGGUAAAUGACCUGGAAGCAGAAGCCAGCCUCCCAGAAAAGAAAGGAAAUACCUUGUCUCGGGACCUCAUUGAAUAUGUUCAUUACAUGGUGGAAAAUCAUGGGGAAGACUAUAAGGCUAUGGCCCGGGAUGAAAAGAAUUACUAUCAAGAUACCCCAAAACAGAUUCGGAAUAAGAUCAAUGUCUAUAAGCGUUUUUACCCAACAGAGUGGCAAUCCUUUGUUGAUUCUUUGCAGAAUAAGAAGAUGGAGGUUGACUGAGUGGUGUGCAUCCCCAGACAAGGAGUGUAUUGUUUCAGACGAUGCUGGCAAGGUGCCAUAGAAUCAGCUUUUACACACAUACUCACUCUCUCCUUCAUCAGAAGGAACUGUUUUUCU